AUGAAAGAUAUUGGUUUCGUUUACAAAAAAGUUAACAAAAGGAAGAUUAUUAUGGAGAGGAAUGACAUUGCCCUAGCAAGAUGUUCAUUCUUAAGAAAGGCCAAAAACAUAAGCGAUUGGAGCAAAGUUGUCUUUUUGGAUGAAACAUGGCUAAACGCCAACCAGACAGUGGGUAAAAGUUGGACCGACGAUACGGCACAAUCGUGUACCAAAGUGCCGGAGAGCAAAGGCGAACGCCUUAUUAUUUGUCACGCAGGUACAGCAAGUGGCUUCGUCCCUAAUUGUUUGCUGGCUUUUAAGUCAAAAAAAAACUACAGAGUAUCAUGA